AUGACACUUUGGGCCCAUUCCAAUCGACGUGGCUUAUCGGCAGGGGAAUCGAUGUUGGAACGAUUAAUGAACCGAGUAGAACUUUAUCAAAAAGGCGAAGACAAUAAAUAUAAUCCGAACUUCUUAACAAAAUUGGUUAAGAAUUAUCGAAGUCACGAAACAAUUCUUCAUGUUCCCAACGAAUUGUUUUAUGAAAAUGAGCUAGAAUCCUGUGGAGGAAAAGAAAUCUUCAGAGCAGAAAAUUGGUCAAACUUGCCGAAGAAACAUUUUCCAAUCAUAUUUCACGCGAUUCGUGGAAUCGAGAAAAGAGAUAAGAGUUCUCCCAGUGUAUAUAAUCAAUCCGAGGCAGAAAUUGUAAUUAAUUAUGUGAGUCAAUUGUUGGGCAAAAAAAUGGGCGAACAUAAAAUCAAGGAAACCGACAUCGGAAUCAUCUCUCCAUUCAGAUCACAGGGAGAGAUUAUUGAAAAAGGACUCGGGAGAAAAGGUUGGCACCACAUCACUGUGGGAACAGUCGAGAUUUUGCAAGGACAAGAAAAAAGCAUAAUAAUUGUUUCCACAGUGAGGUCGGCUUUAUUUCAGCAUGAAGGAAAAUUCCAUAUUGGGUUUCUAUCCCACGAGAAGCGUUUCAACGUCACAAUUACUCGAGCCAAGUCUUUGCUUAUCGUUGUGGGAAAUCCGAAGUUCCUUCAAAUCGACCCUUGCUGGUCUGUAUUUUUAGAAUACUGCCAGAAAAAUGGAGCCUGUCUGGGUAAAAAAUUCACUUUGACUGAAUUAUCUGAAGACGAAAAAUUGAAGAUGGCCGGCAAGAAAACCAAAAAGAAAGCCGGUGGGGAAGUACGGGAAAAAGAUGGGAGCGGAUGGAGAGAAAAUGAGGAGAAAGAAAGUGAGCAGAGUGAAGUGGGAGAAGUUAUUGAUCUGGAAAGUAGCAGAAAUGGUGAAAAGGGAAGAAGAGUGUGUAAGGGAGAAAAAAGGCAAUGGAAAGAGGAGUAG